AUAAAAAACCAACGCUUUACGCCACUGCAUUCCCCGUAAUCUGAAUAAUCCAUAUAACAGCUAUAAACCUUUGUAAUCCAGCAUCGUCUUGAAUCAUCUCUUGGACUCAUAAUCUGACAAAUGCGUCAUGGACAGUCCUUGAACGUUUGGGACGCUGAUUCGCGGAGAAAAUAGGGCUUAGGGCUUUGCCACUCGUUAGCGGGAGUUGAUUGGAAAUCAAGCCCAAAGUGCCUCCAGUCAAAAGAAACCCUUCCCUUUUGCUCUUCGACACCACCCCUUCGACAAACUUAUCACCAAGUUCGACAAAACAGCAGUCAAAAUGGCUCGUCGUCCCGCCCGCUGCUACCGCUACUGCAAGAACAAGCCUUACCCCAAGUCCCGGUUCAACCGUGGUGUUCCCGACCCCAAGAUCCGUAUCUUCGAUCUGGGACGUAAGAAGGCCAACGUCGACGACUUCCCUCUCUGCGUUCACCUCGUCUCCAACGAAUAUGAACAGCUCUCCUCCGAGGCUCUGGAAGCCGCUCGUAUCUGUGCCAACAAGUACCUCGUGAAGAUCGCCGGUAAGGAAGGUUUCCACCUCCGUGUCCGCGUCCACCCCUUCCACGUCAUCCGUAUCAACAAGAUGUUGUCGUGCGCCGGAGCCGAUCGUCUCCAAACCGGUAUGCGUGGUGCCUUCGGAAAGCCCCAGGGUAAGGUCGCCCGUGUCAACAUCGGCCAGAUCAUCCUGUCCGUCCGCACCCGUGACGCCCACCGCGCCACCGCCAUCGAGGCCCUCCGCCGCUCCAUGUACAAGUUCCCUGGUCGCCAAAAGAUCAUCGUCUCCAAGAACUGGGGUUUCACCCCCGUUCGCCGCGAGGACUACGUCCAGCUCCGCCAGGAGGGCAAGCUCAAGCAGGAUGGUGCCUACGUCCAGUUCCUCCGUGGCCACGGCCAGAUCGAGGACAACAUGCGCCGUUUCCCCGACGCCUACUCUGCUGAGGCUUAG